AUGGAAUUUGAGAAACAAAUUUAUCAAACACAUUCCUUCUUUUUGUCAUUUAGUUUGGUGAGAUUUUUUGUUAAAUUGGGUUCAUUCAUAUUCCCAAUUUUAAGUAUUUUAGGAUUUUGUGCUUUAUUAAUGUUACACAUUAACUAAUAGAUGACAGGGUUAAAAUUGCAAGAAACAGACUUAAGUACACUUAGUUAUUGAUGAUAGUUGACUUUGAUAAUGAAACUGUGUACAAUUUUAACAUUACAAAUUCUAAUAAUGAAAAUCUGAAUCAGAAUUUCAAAUAUGCUUAGUCCCAAAGUCUUUUGCAAUUAUAAGAUGAGUUUUUAAAUAAAUAUAAUUUUACUCAAAAAACUAUAAUGAUAAAUGGAGAUAAAUAUUGGAGUGGUUUGAAUUCUAUUUUAUAAUAUACAACAAAUAUUGAGUGUUUUUUUUUGAUAGAUCUAAUUCAUCAUAUGAAUGGAUCUGCAAUAUAGAUACUGGAUAUGUAAAAUAACAUUUCUUAUAUUUGGGAAAAGUCAUAUUUUGAAGGUAUAAUAUUUUUAAAUUAUAAUAGAGUAUUAUGCAAAUACAUACUCAGAAAGGAUAUAUAAUACAGUUUUGAGAAUAUGUAGAUGCAUUAUUGGAUUAUUUUUCUAAUGUAUAACAGCUUCUAUUUAUUUUAGAAUGCUAUUUAUCUAUAUGCCUGUGUUUUCAUUAAUUAUAAGUAUUAUUAUUGUAUAAUUAUGUUUUUAGUUGGUUUAAUAUUUUGUAGAAAUCAUUAAGAAUUACAAAUAUUGGCCAGGAGUUAUCCUUGGAUUAAUCAUUAUUUUCAUAUCUUAACAAGUAAUAAUAAAUUGAAAAAUCAAAUUAUUGACUCCUUUCUAUAAACUCUAUAUAUGUUUUUGUUAAUAUUUGGUUUGACUUGGGCUUAAGUAAAUUCACUAUUAUUUAAAAAACAACAUUCAUUUUACUUAAUAGAUAAAAUAACAUAGUAUAAUAAUAAAAUAUAAUUAGGCAUGCAUUUUCUUUUGAAUAUUUUAGUUUACACUUUCUUAGAACAAGAUCUUCCUUAUAUUUUGUUCCAAAAUAUUGCUUCAUUAUCAGAUUUUUCCUUUACUAUUAUAUGCAAUGCACUUUGUUUGGACAUUAUUAGUUAGUUUAAUACAUUAGUUUAUUUGGUUAAUUAGGAGUUUUUUGUUACUUUAUACACAAAUUUGAAAUACCAGCUCUAAAUUGGUCUGACAGAUCCCCUUACACACCCACGAUUAAUCGACCCAGAGCUUAUUAUGUUCCUUUAUUUCCAAUGAGUUGGAUAAAUGAUACUCCUUAGUUAUGGUCGAUGUUUUAUCCACUUUAUGGAAGGAGGUAAUUAUUUUCAUUGAGCUUAGAUAUUUUUAAAUAUAAAAUCUGGCUUUAGUAGAUUAAAAUUUCCCUUUAUUAAAUCAAAUUUUAGAAUAAGAGAUUUAAUAAGGUUUAGAAAUUCCAUAGGAUUAAGAAGUCUAAAUUGAGAUAAUUUAAUAAAUAUAGAUUCCUUAAGAUAAUCCUUAAAAUUAAAUAAUUGAUCAAUAAUAAUAAUAAUAAUAAUAAUAAUAAUAAGAAUAAUUACUAAAUUAAAUUGAAUAAGUUUAAGUUGUACAUUAAAAUUAAGAAAUUUAGCAUCUGAAUUAGGAAUAAAAUUUUAUAAAUCAAAUUGAAUGA